GCUUCGUCAUUCUUCAAACUUCCACUCACAGACUCACGCUCUGCCGUCUGUUUUCUUGACUCACAUGUGGAAUACUUUCUUCACAAAGAAAGAAACAGUUCACUGUUUUACCACUCCAGACGGAGCAGGUCGACGCCAUGUGGACGGGUCCGGCUCAGAUUGUGGGUCUGCUGCUCUACAUAGUGGACUGGGGCUUGGUGGGCUGCACCCUCGGCAUGGACCGCUGGAGGGUGGCCCAGCCAGGGGGUCGGGGGGGCUCCUCUGUGGUGGCGACGGCCUGGUACUGGUCCGACCUGUGGAGGGACUGCUACGAGGACUCCACUGCUGUGGUGAACUGCGUAGACUUUGGGGUUCUGUGGACGGUGAAACGUGGCCUACGUCCAGGCAGCCAGGGGUCUCCUGCUGACCGGCCUCGUCCUCGGCUUGGUGGGAACCGUGCUCACAUUCUUCGGUAUGGACUGCACCCGAAUCGGCGGGGACGCAAAAACGAAGCACGGGACUCUAUUAGCGGCGUGUGCUUUCCAGCUGGUUGGCUGCGUUUCGGCCAUGGCUGCCUAUUGUUUAUACAUAAGUACAGUGGCCGCGGCGAUUUUACACAGCAGAGCAGAUCCGUCGGAACUGAGCUACGAGCUGGGACCACCCCUGUACGUGGGCCUGGUGGGGAGCGUCCUCGUCCUGCUGGGAUGUGGAAUUCAAUGCGCGGCCGCGCGCAGCGCCAAGCAGCCAAACAGGAGAGACGGCCGGAGGACAGGAGGGUCAGAGAAGCUGGACGUGGACGCAAAAAGAUGGAGAGCCACUUCGUACAGGAUGGCUUCAGUUGUGGUUGUUUGACCUUCAGAGCUGCUUCAGUCAUCUCAACAUUAACUCGCCGAUUCUGGUCAAAGAGAAUUUCAAUAAAGCAGGACUCAUGCUUCUUUAUACUCCUCAUGAUUUGUCCUUGAAAAACACUUUUAAUUCACACUUCAUGGAACUGACUGAUGCUUUUAAUUUGAAAACUUUGAUAAAUGUGACAAAAAGUAACAUAUUUAAUCAAAAUACAAACUAAGCAAGUCUGAAAAGAAGCACAUUAGGGGCACAUUUAGCAACGUCUAGUGAAAAUACAUCCCGUUAGGUCAACAUUUCUGAGCUCUAAGCUUCAUUAAAUAUUUGCCACUUCGUUUGCUUCAGCCGUUUUUCCACAGAUUUAAUUAUAAAUUAAGCAUCAA